AUGGUAAAUGGUCGGUUGACAGGAGGCAAGAUUUGUAGAGAGGGCCCGGUGAUUAAUCACCUCUUUUUUGCGGACGAUAGUAUUCUCUUCGCCAAAGCCAAUGAAAGGGAAUGUCGUUACUUAAAAGAGGUUAUUAGAAAAUAUGAAUGUGCGUCGGGGCAGUUGGUGAAUUUUGACAAGUCGGAGAUGAUGUUCAGUCGAGGGACUCCAACACAUACUCGGAUCAUGAUUGGCAGCAUUGUGGAAGUUAGGGAAGUUGCUUUCUUUAAAAAAUAUCUUGGCGUCCCUACUAUGAUUGGAAGGUCUCGAAAACCUAUUUUUGCGUUUAUUAGGGAUAGGAUCCACAAACGGAUGGAUGGAUGGAAAGAAAACUACUUGUCUAAGGCGGGUCGGGAGGUGUUGAUAAAUUCUAUUGUUCAGUCAAUCCCUACAUUCAAAGCUCUACGGCUCGGUGUUUUUGGAGUGGAGCGGAAAACAAACGGAAAAUUUCUUGGAUUAGUUGGGAAAAGAUUUGUAAUGCCAAUGAGCAAAGGAGGAUUGGGGUUUAGAAAUGUUCGGGCUUUUAACCUUGCUAUGUUAGCAAAGCAAGUAUGGAGGCUCUAUCAGUAUUCGGACUCAUUGUGUGGUAAAGUCUUCUGCGCUAAGUAUUUCCCAGAAUCUGAUGUUCUUAAGGCUAGCAAGGGAAAGUGGGCGAGCUACGUUUGA